AUGACGGACGCACCUGCCGCGGGUGAGACCCCCAACCUGCUGCCUGACCCCGUGACCGGUGAGAUGGUGAGCAAGAGCGAACUGAAACGCCGCCAGAAGCAGCGCCAAAAGGACGCCGAGAAGGCGGAAAAGGCCAAGAGUGCGCCUGCGCCUGCCAAGAAGGCUGGCGACGACCUGGCUGCCGAGGAGGCACUCACGCCGAACCAGUACUAUGAGAUGCGCAUGCGUGCCAUCCAGAAGCUGCGCGAGACGCGCAACCCCGACCCGUACCCCCACAAGUUCCAUGUCUCCUCGAGCCUGACCGACUUUAUUGCGCGCUACGCGGACAAGAUCGAGGCGGGUGGCCAGCUGCCUGACGAGGUGUCGCUCGCCGGCCGCCUGCACAACAUGCGCUCCUCCGGCCAGAAGCUUCGCUUCUACGACCUGCACGGCGAGGGUGUCAGGGUGCAGAUCAUGGCGCAGCUCCAGGACCACACCGACGGCGACUUCCUUGCCGCGCACGACCUGCUGCGCCGCGGCGACGUGGUCGGUGUCAGGGGUUUCCCGGCCAAGACCAAGAAGGGCGAGCUGUCGAUCGUGCCCCGCUCGAUCCAGCUCCUCUCGCCGAACCUCAAGAUGCUGCCCAAGGCCGCGGUGAACGACCGCGGUGGAUUCACCGACCAGGAGCAGCGCUACCGCAAGCGCUACCUCGACCUGAUCAUGAACCCCCACGUGCGCGACAUCUUUGUGACGCGCGCCAAGACCAUCCAGUACGUGCGCCGCUACCUGGACCAGCUCGGUUUCCUCGAGGUCGAGACGCCGAUGAUGAACCAGAUCGCGGGUGGUGCGAGCGCCAAGCCGUUUGUGACGCACCACAACGACCUCAAGAUGGACCUGUUUAUGCGUAUUGCGCCCGAGCUCUACCUCAAGGAGCUCGUGGUGGGUGGCCUGGACCGUGUGUACGAGGUGGGCCGUGUGUUCCGUAACGAGUCGAUCGACCAGACGCACAACCCCGAAUUCACCACGUGUGAGUUCUACAUGGCCUACGCGGACAUGUACGACCUGAUGGACAUCACCGAGAGCAUGGUCUCGGGCCUGGUCAAGGCCGUGACCGGCAGCUACAAGGUCAAGUACCACCCCGACGGCAAGGAGGACCCCAACGGCCGCGAGUACGAGAUCGACUUCUCGACGCCGUGGAAGCGCUUCGACAUGAUCAAGGAGCUCGAGAAGCAGCUCAACGUGACCUUCCCGCCGGGCGACCAGCUGCACACGGAAGAGACGCGCGUGUGGCUCAGCGACCUCUGCGAAAAGAACAAUGUCGAGUGCAGCGCGCCGCGCACCUCGAACCGCCUCAUCGACAAGCUGGUCGGCGAGUACAUCGAGUCGCAGUGCAUCAACCCCUCGUUCAUCGUCGGCCACCCGCAGAUCAUGUCGCCGCUCGCCAAGCGCCACCGCGACAUCCCGGGCCUGUGCGAGCGCUUCGAGGCGUUCGUCGCGACCAAGGAGAUCGCCAACGCAUACACCGAGCUGAACGACCCGUGGGUCCAGCGCGAAAACUUUGAGGAGCAGGCCCGCCAGAAGGACGCGGGCGACGACGAGGCGCAGGGCGUCGACCACGUCUUCCUCGACGCGCUCGAGCACGGCCUGCCCCCGACGGGCGGCUGGGGUAUGGGCAUCGACCGCCUGGUCAUGUUCCUCACCGACUCGCACACCAUCAAGGAGGUGCUGGCGUUCCCUGCGAACCGCCCCGAGUAG